CGGGCUUGCGUCCGUCUCCAAUGGUUACCGAGUUCGUUUGAGUUGUUGAUGAAGGAUGAAUUCCCUUACAGAGAGUGAGAUAACACAGAUAGCAGAGCUCCAGAGAGAUGCAGGUAUUCAGAGGCUCAGCCGUCACUUCCUGUGGUCUGAAUUCUGUGAUGAGAGGCGGCACUUUCAUCAAGAGUUUGUAUAUGACGUCACUCUGUUUGCAGCGAACCUUGGCUUCUCCUGGACCGACGUGAUACAGUCAGCUGAGCUCGCCAAAGGCAUCUUCCCACAGCUGGACGACCUCAAUGUGGACAAGUUGUUGUCUCUACUGAGAGAUGUUCUCUAUGAGCAUUUACCAAACCUGACUCCAGUCCACCAACAUGAAUUCACCCAGUACCUUGCAGAUACCUGCAUCACCAGGAGGAGGCUUUUCCAGGCGGUGGUACAUGGAGAUGCCAACAUGUCCGUAGUUCAGCUACACCUGGAGGUGCAUUUGCCGCCCACACCUUGUCCUUUAGCACAGGGUACAGAGCUACAAGAGCGGGAGACUCAGCCUCAGCUUGAAACAGGACUUGCCUCCGCCCUGCAGCAGAAGGAAGAAGAGCUGAGGCAUCUGCGAGACGGGGCACGGAUCACUCUGGGGGACAUCAGUGUCCCAGAGGACAAGCACCUGGACACACAGCGCGCUUUGGAGCUGAUCCGUGCUGCAGCAGUUCAAGCCUCAGAAAGCCAGAUUGUAGCAAGUCUGACCCAAGAAGCCGCCCUGCUCACUGAAAUCCUGCAGCUCAAACUGCAGCAGGAGGCUGUGGCCACCAGAGGGCACUGCAGCACACCUCCCACCAACACGGGCGACGUCAGCAGUCAGCGCAGCAGCAAAAGCAAAGUUACACCAGUUAAAAGUAAAACAGGAGAGAAGUCUGGAAAUCCUGUGUGAGGACAGGUUAGGUUAAGUUUUUUUUUGCCUGUGGAUUUUGGUCACAUUUUACUUCUACUCAUUGAUUUUUCUGGGCUGGAACAGCAUCUAAAACAUGUUCAUAUAACCUGGGGGGUGUUUUCUCUGGUUUUUGUCCUUUUUAUUCAUCUUGUGCCUCAUUUCAAUCAAUGCAGAUCUCCCUCCAGUUAUUUUGGCAGCUUAUUCUUUCAUCUCUACUUGUUUAAUGUUAAAUUUGGUCAGUUUUGUAUCAUUACUACGUUGUUUUAGGACUCAUCUUGGUCAUUUCUAGAUCUGUUCUCUGUAAUUCACAUUGGAAUUUGCAUCUUUGAUCAGAUUUAGUUAAAAGCUAUUAAGCCCACAUGUUUUUGAUCACUUUUCAUGUCUUUAUUGUUGUUUUGUAUCACAUUUUGGUUUAAAAAAAGGAAAAAAAAGGCAAAGUCAGAAGAGUUUGCAUCUUAGGAUUUAUUUGACCUAAAAUAAUCCUUUCCAUUUACUAGUAAAAGCUGAAAAGAGCACCAAUAUUAAGAUAA